AGAACCGCUUAUUGAAUUUGAGCAGGAAUUCGUAGAGUGCCGUCAUUCUUACAGAAUUAUGGCAGAGUUCCAUUAAACUCAGUAAGAAUUUUUUUGUUGCAGAAAAGUACGCCCAGUCAUGGAAUAUUCUAGCAGAGCUGGUUUCGCCAGAAUCCUGCUAAAAUUGUCUUGACUGGGCGGGAACGCAUUGCUGGCGAUUUUGUGCAGAUUUGCUGAAUUGCUGCAGGUACGGGAAUAAACCUAUCGAGAAAUUAAAAGAGAGAGAGAGUGUGCGUGCAACAUGGAGUUACAUUUUUUGAAAAGCUUUUGUAAGCUUCCCAGCAACUGCACAGAAUGUUUAACGCCAUGUCGCGAUUUGACAGCUCGAUUGCUGCUUUCUCUGGACGACGGAAUAACGCUGCAAAUCUUUCGGCAGUCCUUUUGAGAUUCGAUGCUUGCAAAAGUUUGGCAACACUGCUGUCAACAGGGGAUGUAAACAUUCUAGUGUGUUGGGUUGUUUUGUGCCAAGCUGGUGAUGAAAUAAGUUUAGUUUCAACAAAUAAAUGAUCAAGACGUUUCGAGGCGAGCUUGGCGAAUAAUACUGAAUGCAUUGCCACCGGUUGAUACGCGUUGAAACGAGUGGCUAAAGCGUUCGCCCAGAGUAAGGUGCGCUCAGUUGAAUGAUGAAACUCGAACAAACAAGUGGAAACACCGCGUGAGUGUCUUCAGGUGCACCAAACUAAAGCAUACCGAGUUUGGUAGAAAAUUUGUCAUUCAACGGUGCCGAAGACUACUUCCAAACGGUAGAGAUGGACAUCAAUGGUCAAAGUGUUCAAAUCCCGAUGGAUUCGCAGCUGUUAACCGAUGACAUAUUUAGCUACGUUAACGGGUUUGAUCCUGCGUCGGAGCAGACUGCAUCGUUUUUAGAUGGAACCCAGACCAUCCAAGUACUUGGGACCUAUUUAGAGGUCGAAUCUGCUGAACUGCUACAGUCGAAUCAAGCGGAUCUGGAGCCAAAGUUGGAGGACCUCGAAGAACCUUCAUACGACGUUAACUUUCAGGUAUCAGUGGAGGAAUUUACAUCACCCGAAUUUAAUUUCAAUGUAAAUAUCGCUGAGACGGGAAGAAAUGAAUCGUACACGUACUCGAAUGUGUUAAACAAAAUUUACACGAGCCUAGAAAAACACUGCACGUUUGAGGCGUCGUUCAACUCCUGCUCGACAAUCCUUCCGAUUGUCCGGGUUAUGAUGGUAUGUGCAAAUGCGCCGUUCCAACCCUUGUCCCGGUGCGCCUACCACACUAAAAACGACACUACCGCGAACAAAAAUCAUGUUGUAGUACGGAGAGAUGGGUCCGCGGAGUACAUUGGAACGCCAGAAGGAGAAACUUUCCGGGACCGACUUGCAUUGAAAAUCGCCAUGGGCGAUUCAUCCCGGAAGAACAUAACUCUCGAGUUCAAAUGCCUGAGCUCGUGUUACAAAAUCAAAAAAGUGUCCACUGCGCUGGUGUUCACUCUUGAAGAUCCCGUCGGCGGUCAGCUCCUGGGACGGGAAAUAAUUCCCAUUCAGAUUUCGAAAAACUUCAAAAGGGACAUGGAAACGGCCGAGAAGGCGGCCGUGAAGCGAACCCGUGAACCCAUUCAGAAGCGCAAGCAAGCGCCGAACUCAGUGUCGGCAGCUCCUGUCGCGGGAAGCUCAAGCAAGGAUCCGCUGUCUGUAGACCUCAAUCUCAACCUACCACGUAGUACCGCCACGGACUUUCUCAAGUACGCUGAGCAGUUUUUUGCGGCCAAACUGUACGGAGCUGAUGCAUCAACCGAGCAGGAACUGAUGCCGUGCCUCAAGAAGAUCAGACUGCUAGCUUCCGACAUGGAACAACCAAAAGACCAAUGAAACCAAGCAAAAUGAGCAUCGAAAAACAUGCCAAGUGGAGUGGCUGCCUUUAGAGUGCUGCAGAACCUGCAGCGUUCAGCGUGCCUAAUAUGUUGCACAUACAUUGCGGCAAAUUGUCAAAAGGGCGUACCAUGAAAUUCAAGCGAGCACGGCACCUGUCAAUGUGCCCCUACCAGUUGAAUCGGUUUGCCAUUGGAAAACUAUUAUAAGUUUGUGAUAAUUCUUAGUUUUAACGUGAUUCUAUGGCCGUUGCAAUUCUUUCCAUGUUUUUGUUCCUCGACUUUAGUUAAGGUUGAGGGGGUUGACUCCAAACUUUUAGGUUUUACGCCGGCCCUGUUUGGAGGUUAGGAUUUUGACAGCUCGCUUGCACUGUUUAUAUUUUCGCCAUGUGUGUCUCCGUUAAAAUGUGGGUGCGUGUGCGCUGUAUGGACAUGAGCUGUCAAAUGACGUCACGGCGUAAAACCUAAUUAAGCUGUGCAUUAGCCGGGCAGUUUUCCGUCAAACACACUUGUGUAGUCUUUCGUUAGCGUGCACAUCAGCCUGUAUCGCAUCAAGCAUCACAGGUUCCAACAGUGUUUUGAUUUUUGUCUGAUUUUAUUUGUUUUUAAAGUACGUAUUGAACAAAUGUUUGCAACGGUGUUGCA